AAAGGGAAAGGGAAAGGGAAAGGGAAAGGGAAAGGGAAAGAAAAGGUCGGGUGGGGCUGCUGCGGGUGGGGCAAGGGCUGCUGUGAGCCCGAGGACCAGGACGCGGUGGCCGUGGCCACCAGGCCAUGUCCACCUUCCACCCUGCUCACAGCCCUGCACAGCUUCCCAAUGCCUUUCUGGAGGUUUCUGAUGGGGUGGGGAGGCAGGGGGUGCUCGGCUGGCCGGGGGGCAGCUCUGGAGUCUCCCAGACGCCUCACCCUGGCACCGAAGCUGCUGCUGCCCAUCCAGGCCCCCUGCAGUGAAUCAACCCCAUGACUUGUCUGAUUGUAUUUUGAAUCUUGGCAUGGCCUGCAGUGACCUGCGACGAAAAAUGAGGUGUCACCAGCUACAAUGUAGCUCUCAAAAGACAUCCUUCUGCUUGAUGAACCGCAGGGAAAGGCAUCCUAAACCAGGCACCUUGACCUUGUUUUCAGCCCAGGUUCCCAGUGCUGGUGCACACGGGAGCCAGUCACUGCACAUCUGCCACCAAGGGGAAUCGCCUCCGAGGCCAACUGUGCCAUGGGGAAAGGAAAGGGUUAAACAUCAGAAGAGUUUGAUUUAGUACACAACACGGAUAAAGCCAUUCUCUCUGCCAUUAAAACUGAGGGUAUUUAAUUCAGUAAAGUGAGAUUUCAUUCCCCAUGACUUGGCUGGUUGUAUUUUGAAUCUGGGCACGGGCUGCAGUGACCUGCAACGAAAUACGAGGUGUCACCAGCUACAAUGUAGGUGUUAAAGUGGGAAAGGCAGGAGGGAGCCUCAGCAUCUCCCAUCCCGUGGAUAACUUCAUCACAAAGGACCAGGGCGGCGCCCGCUGGCUCCUGGGGCGGCUGUUGCUGGGCAACAGAGACACUAUAUUGUCCCCUGUCACCUGUGCCCCUCGCCCAUUUGGUCACUGGCCGUGGUGGGAUCACUUGCCGUGGUGGGAUCACUGUGGUGGUGGACUCAUUUUGGCAGUUGGACCACUUUUGGUGGUGGGAUCACAUUUGGUGGUUGCAUCACUUUUGGUGUUGGGUUCACAUUUGGUGGUUGCAUCACUUUUGGUGUUGGGAUCACUUUUGGUGGUUGAACCGCUUUUCGUGGUUUGAUCACUUUCGGCACUUGGAUCGCUCUGGUGACUGGAUCGCUUUCAUCACUCGGAUUGCUUUUGGAACUUGGAUCUGUUUUGGUGACUGAUCGCUUUCUGUGGCAAGAAGGAGCAGGAGAAAGGCUGCUGGCUGUCCAUCCCUCCAAGAUCACCUCUGGACAGAAAAGCUCCUGUCUCCCUACUUCGGGUUCAGUGUUUUCACGCAGAACAGCAGCGAUGGCCACACGCAGUCUGUUGGAAAUGCUGGACGCUGCCAUCGGGACACCCCAAGUUGGGGUUGUGGAUUUCGUGGCGCUCCACAAGCUGCUGAAAGCCAUGAUCAUCGGGCAGCAGGGUCAGCAGGAGGUGCAGUGCGGCCUGGCAGAGGACAUGCAGGCCAUGCAGAAGGCGCACUCUGGCAUGGCAGAGGACAUGCGGGAGAUGAAGGAGGCGAUGCAGGAGGCGCAUUCUGGAAUGGCACAGGACAUCCAGGAGAUGAAGGAGGCGCAUGUCGGCCUGGCAGAGGACAUGCAUGCCCUGCAGGAGGCGCAUUCCGGCCUGGCCGAGGACAUCCAGGAGAUCCAGGAGACACUUGGCCUGGAGGGCGGUGGGGGCCAGUCUGCCCCCUCCGAGCCCACCCAGGUGGCCAUGGACAGCCAGGCCAGGAAGAGCUCAGCACUGGGGCCGAAGGGACGUGGAACACAGCCUGGGAUGGAGACCGGCAGGGGGACUGCAGGGUCUGGCUCCCUGGGGAUGCAAGCAGGGACACAGGGGGAACCAGCGACCCCUGUGAAGUUGUCAGGCGCUCCCUCUGAUCACACGAGGUCUAUUGGUGCCGGCGCCACCACCCCGGGGAUGCAGCCAGGAUCACGGGGCACCCAGGCCAGCACCCACCUGGGGACACAGCCAGGGGCCCCUGACACCCAGGCCAGCACCUCAGGGAUGCAGCCAGGAUGCCCUGGGACCCACACCACCACCCCUGGGGUGCAGCCUGCGUCCUCCAGAUCCCAAGCCACCAUCCCAGGCGAUGCCCAAGAGCCGGCCAAGCCCUGGGGCUCCACCAGCACCUCCAGCUACGAGUCGGAGAUGCGGGAGGUUCUCUCCCAGGUUGGGCAGCUCGGCAACGUCUACGCUGGUCUGAAGGAGGAGGUGGAACAGCUUAAAUCUACAAAAGCAGAACGUGCGGAUCUUGAGAACGUGCGCCAGCUUUUCCCAAAGGGAGGUCGGCAGAGCAUCACCAGCAUCCUGUCUGACCUCAAGUGCCAGAUGUCCUUCCUACAAGACAUGGCCAGGGCCCUCCACGGGGAGGAGGAGAAGAUCAGCAAGGUGGAGGAUGCUCCCAGAAAGACGAGGGGGGCUGGAGCCGGCAGAAAAGCAGACGGCAGCGGCCAGAUGACCCGACAGCUGCGGUAA